GACUCAGAUAAUUAUAAUUAUUAUAUUAUGUAUAUUUACGAAUUAACAGGAAACGGCUCAGCAGUGUUAACUCUUAUCUAAUCAGUUUUUGCUUCAAAUCUAUCCGUCAUAACAAUAUUUAAAUCUACGCAGAGUUUCGAAAUUUACUUCAGUAUAAAUACUUAUAUUCGCUCUGGCAGACAACAUUAAUUUCGUACACGGGUAGAGAAACAAGUGUCCGUUGACAUUUAAUAAUAUUCGAAAUCGUGCUCUUCUUAAUAAUCUAUUUUAUUAAUUAAUUUUUUCGUUUUAACAUAUAAGGUGACCGAAGAGUUGAAAGUUCAUGAAGCACUUAAACAGUUGACGUAUUUUGUGAACAAUUAUCUACUUUUAAAUAGCGCCUUAUUCAUUCGAGUGUUCGUGAAUUCUCCGAAAGCUAUAAAGAAAUAUAAAGAAAACUCAAGAAAUGAUUACCACGAUUUUAUUGCUAAUACUUCUCGCGAUCUGUUUUCAUUACUACCUGCUGCAUUUCGGUAAAUAUGGGAGGGUAAUUAACUUGAUACCUGGCCCACAGCCUCUGCCCAUUUUUGGAGACCUUCUAGAUUUUUGCAUUUCACCAUCUAAGUUAUGGGAGCAUUUAAGGAAACUGAACAAGCAGUACUAUCCCAUAUUCAAGUUCUGGAACGGUUGGGAAGCUUACAUAAAUAUUCGCCAUCCGGACGACAUCGAGACAGUCAUAGGACAACCUAGAUUCAUUCAGAAGAGUAAUGCUGUAUAUGGACUAAUGUUACCAUGGUUAAGCACCGGACUUCUUACCAGUGCAGGUCGCAAGUGGCAGACUCGCAGGAAGAUACUAACACCUGCCUUUCAUUUCAAUAUGCUUCGGGAAUUUACGGACGUUUUCAUCCAAGAAGGGGAACGGUUGGUCGGAAAACUAAAGAGCGAAGGAAGGCCUGUUGUUAAAGAUCUGAAGAUGUUGAUCAGCGAGCACACUUUGAAUAUUAUUUGUGAAACUGCAAUGGGGACGUCUCUUAUUGAUAAAGGAGACUUUCAAUAUAAAUAUCGCAAAGCCGUGCACAAAGUGGGAAUCACUAUAAUGCAUAGAUUAUUUAGACCAUGGUUGUACAUCGACUUUGUCUUCUUCCUUACUCCUGUAGGGAUGCUACAGUCUAGACUACUGAAAAUAUUACAUGGCUUUACGAAACAGAUCAUUAAAGAACGAAAGGAGUACCACGAGAAGACCAACGGUCGCUAUCUAGCUGAUUUCGACGGCAAUGCGAACGAAGAGACUGAUGAGAUGACAUGCAUUCGCAAAAAAAGGCUUGCCAUGCUCGAUUUACUUUUAUCGGCUCAUCGACACAAUCUAAUAGACGACGAAGGCAUUAGAGAAGAAGUCGACACGUUUAUGUUCAAGGGACACGAUACCACGGCUGCAUCCUUAUGUUUCACUAUAAUGCUUUUGGCUGAACACCCACAGAUUCAGGGUCGAGCCAGAGCUGAGGUGAAAGAGAUAAUGGAAUCGUGCAACGGAAAGCUAGGUAUGACUGAGCUUCAAAAAUUAACGUAUCUCGAAAUGUGCAUCAAGGAGUCGCUAAGACUUUAUCCAAGUGUGCCUUUGAUAUCCCGUGCUCCAGAGGAGGACGUGACGUUAAGUAAUUAUCUAGUACCUGCCCACACUGUAGUGAAUGUGUACAUAUACGAUAGUCAUAGAAACCCGAAAUUCUGGCCAAAUCCAGAUGUCUUUGAUCCGGAACGGUUCACGCCUGAAAAUUGUCAUGGACGACACCCGUACUCGUACAUACCUUUCAGCGCCGGUCCAAGGAAUUGUAUCGGGCAAAAAUUCGCCAUGUUGGAACUGAAAGCAACCAUGGCAUACCUCUUGUUUAAUUUCAUUUUCGAGCCUGUAGAUUAUCUUAAAGACGUCAUUUUUGUACAAGAUCUUAUUCUACAAACGGAACAUUCUCUUCGAACUAAGUUCGUUCCGCUGCAGGUCGCUAGUUGAUAAACGACACGAGAUGAGCAAUUAGUACAGGAUUCGGAUUUAUUUGUAGGAAGCACGAUAAAGGAAGUGAGCUAAGUUAACGAUCAUUCUUAACGGAUGAAAUAGGAAAACAAUGUACACAUACAGAAUUUACAUUCCCAGUCGUCGAAAGUUCGCUACAUAUAAUGUUGAUCUUUUAGUGAAAGAUGAAUUAAAAAUAAAAAUGAUAUACACUUAA